AUGGCUCCCCAGCUCGACGGAUAUUUCCAGAAGGUUGACGCCUUGUCCGACGCGUUCAUCGAGCGCCUGCGCCAGGCCGUCGCCAUCCCCUCCAUCUCGUCCGAGCACGCCCGCCGCCCGGAUGUUAUCCGCAUGGGCCACUGGCUCGCCGACCAGCUGACAAAGCUGGGCGCAACGGCCGAGCUGCGACCAUUGGGCAAGCAGCCAGGCACCGACCUCGACCUGCCGCCAGUUGUGCUCGCCCGGUACGGUAACGACAAGAACAAACGGACGAUCCUCGUCUAUGGCCACUACGACGUGCAGCCGGCUGAGAAGAGCGACGGAUGGGACACGGAGCCGUUCGAGCUGACUAUCAAGGAGGAUGGUCGCAUGUGCGGCCGCGGUGCAACCGACGACAAGGGCCCCGUCCUGGGCUGGCUCAACGCCAUCGAGGCGCACCAGGCGGCCGGCAUCGAGUUCCCUGUGAACCUGCUCAUGUGCUUCGAGGGCAUGGAGGAGUACGGAUCGGAGGGCCUUGACGAACUCAUCAUGGCAGAGGGCAAGAAGUUCUUUGCCGAUGCUGACGCUGUGUGCAUCAGCGACAACUACUGGCUCGGCACCGAGAAGCCGUGCCUGACGUACGGCCUGCGGGGCUGCAACUACUACAGCAUCGAGAUCUCGGGGCCCGGUGCUGAUCUCCACAGUGGCGUCUUCGGCGGUACCGCUCAGGAGCCGAUGACGGAUUUGGUUCGCAUCAUGGCCUCCUUGGUCGACACGAACGGCAAGAUCCUGAUCCCGGGUAUUGCCGAGCAGGUAGCCCCCGUGACGCCGGAUGAGGAGGGCCUCUAUGACGAUAUUGCGUUCAGCAUGGAGACUCUCCACGAUUCUCUCGGCAGCAAGACGACCAUCUUUGAGGACAAGAAGUCGACCCUGAUGGCCCGUUGGCGGUACCCCUCGCUCUCCCUUCACGGCAUCGAGGGUGCCUUUUCCGCUCCCGGCGCCAAGACAGUUAUCCCAGCAAAGGUUAUUGGCAAGUUCUCGAUUCGGACUGUGCCCAACAUGGAGAUCGAAAAGACCAACGAACUAGUCCGCCUCUACAUCGAGGAUGUCUUCAAGAAGCUCGGCUCCAAGAACACCCUGAAGGUGUACCCUCAGCACUGCGGCAAGUGGUGGGUUGCCAGUCCCAACCACUGGAACUUCACCGCUGCGGCCAAGGCGACGGAGCGCGUCUGGGGCGUCAAGCCCGACUUCACCCGCGAGGGCGGCAGCAUUCCGGUCACGCUCACCUUUGAGCAGGCGACGGGCAAGAAUGUGCUGCUGCUGCCGAUGGGCAGCUCCACCGACGGUGCCCACUCGAUCAACGAGAAGCUCGACAAGCGGAACUACAUUGAGGGCAUCAAGCUACUUGGUGCCUACCUUCACUAUGUCGCUGAGGAGCCCAUGAACUAG